CGUUGGUAUAAUUUAUCGAUAACUCCGCGGUCACUCUAAACAGAACGUGCGUGAGAUUUCCCAAUUUCGUACAAAAAACAAACAAGAUGGCACAGAGCAAAUUGAACGAUCUUGCGGGCAAGCUGGGCAAAGGUGGUCCGCCGGGACUGGGAAUCGGACUGAAGGUCCUGGCCGCCGUGGGAGCCGCUGCCUAUGGUGUCAGCCAGUCCCUGUACACCGUUGAGGGUGGUCACCGCGCCAUCAUCUUCAGCCGUCUUGGCGGCAUCCAGAGCGACAUUUACUCCGAGGGCCUGCACGUGCGCAUCCCCUGGUUCCAGUACCCCAUCAUCUAUGACAUUCGCUCUCGUCCCCGCAAAAUCUCCUCGCCCACCGGCUCCAAGGAUCUGCAGAUGAUCAACAUCUCGCUGCGAGUGCUGUCGCGACCCGAUUCCCUGAACCUGCCCUUCCUGCACAAGCAGCUGGGCGUGGACUACGAUGAGAAGGUGCUGCCCUCCAUCUGCAACGAGGUGCUGAAGAGCGUGAUUGCCAAGUUCAAUGCCUCGCAGCUGAUUACCCAGCGCCAGCAGGUCUCCCUGCUGAUCCGCAAGGAGCUGGUAGAACGUGCCCGCGACUUCAACAUCAUCCUGGACGAUGUGUCCCUUACCGAGCUGAGCUUUGGCAAGGAAUACACGGCCGCCAUUGAGGCCAAACAGGUGGCCCAACAGGAGGCCCAGCGUGCCGUGUUCUUCGUGGAGCGCGCCAAACAGGAGAAGCAGCAGAAGAUUGUCCAGGCCGAGGGAGAAGCCGAGGCUGCGAAAAUGUUAGGUCUGGCCGUGAAGCAGAACCCAGCCUACCUCAAACUGCGCAAGCUGCGUGCCGCUCAAAGCAUUGCCCGCACGAUUGCCAGCUCACAGAACAAGGUCUACCUGUCGGCGGAUAGCUUGAUGCUCAACAUCCAGGACUCUGGCUUCGAUGACAUGACUGAGAAGGUUUACAAAAGUAAAUAGCUCUCGUUUUGAAUAACAAAAAGAGUUUACUUUUAAGUUGAAAACACUUGUGCUUUUGGUUUCAACCACAUUGGCCAAAACUUAGACAUAGCCUUUAAAAUUGAGUAACUUCUAACGCGUUCUCCGUACCACAUCUCUCUUCUAUUUUGCUACCAAAUUUCGUUCUGUUAACGUUUCUCCCAAUCGCGCAACCCAGUAGCCGACGACUUGGACUAGGAGGCGAUCCACAUUCGUUGUUAAUUAAUUCGUAUUGCAUUUCCUUCGAGCUAGAGCCUAAGUACCGUUUAGUUUUAACCACCCCCUAGCGGCGCAUCGGCUUCGUUUCUCCACGAACUGUCUGCCAAGUGCGAAGUCCUUGCCACCCGGAGGCAGCUUCAUCCCACAUCCGUUCGCCGGGUGCCAAGGAUCGAUCACGGCACGACUCUUUGUGGACCAAUGAGACCAACGCGGGCGGAUGGCCUCACCAGCAUUUAACUUUCCUUGUCCCAUCAUCGAGAGUCACGUAAAGCGGAAACUGAAAAUAAAUGCGUACUGAGAACUGUCU